UCUCAGGCUGGUCGCCGUCCCUCUCGGCUUUCAACUGUAUUCUCAUUUCACGACUUAUAGAUCUUGAACAAUAAUCGGAGGCAUCCUACACGGAGAUUCAACUUCGAUCUCGCUUGUAUCAUCAGUGCUCAAGUUCAAAUAGACUGGUUGACUACGAUUUAUCUUCUAAUCGCACAAUAUAUCCUAGGACCUAUAUCCUGAAUUUCUCAGAUGUCUCCCGCUGUAAUGACCACUCCUUCAGAGUCGGAAUUUGCCUCGAUCAUCGAAGCUUUGCGCACGGCACCAUCAGGCCCAGACGCCAAAGCAGCAGCCGACAAGCUCGCCCUCGCUGUUUCUAAAGCAGGUAUCGAAAGCUUGGUCGAUCAAAAUGUAAUCAAUAUCCUUCAUGACUUCGCACUCAAUAAGAAGUCUGGAUGGGAACGAGAAUCUGGUGGUAUUGCAUUCCAGUCAUUAGCCGCUGUUCUCGGUCCCCCAAGUGCACCUCUACUUCUCCCAAGUCUUCAUGUUCUCUUCGAUUUGUUGUCCGACAAAGGGGAGGUCGUUCGGACUGCUUCAUCGGCCGCAACGAAGGCAAUCCUUCAGCUUCUCCCCCCAGAAGCUACACGAACAGUUUUCGGAAUUUUAGAAGAUAUUUUAGAGAAAGGAAAAUGGCAAACAAAAGUCGCAGCCCUAGACGCUCUCAAGAGUUUUGUGGCUCGCGCCAAGGACUCAGUGGCUGAUGAACUUGGUCAUAUCCUACCCAAGGUUGAGGUGGCAAUGCACGACACAAAAAAGGAGGUCGCUUCUGCUGCCGUCAAGUGCGCCACUUCUUUGUGCACGACGCUCGCAAACCCCGAUCUCGCACCUCACAUCUCCGCUCUGGUUAAGUGUAUGUCCAAUCCCGAUGCAGUGGCUGCUUGCAUAAAGGCACUAUCAUCAACGACUUUCGUCGCCGAAGUCACGGCACCAGCGUUGGCCGUUCUCGUACCAUUACUCCUCCGCGCACUGAAUGAUCGUAGCAUGGAAGUGCAGCGGCGUACAGUUGUCGUUAUCGAUAACUUAGUCAAACUGGUCAGGAAUCCCGUGGAGAAGAUUGCCCACGGCGCCGCGUUUCCAGAGGUCCGUGCCUUCGGCGAGACGGCACUUAAUACAUUGCUCAAAGCAGGUGCAUCUACGUCGGGGACGCCACCGACUCGUGAUGUCAGCAAAGAGGUGGCAAAUAUUCUUACCAUCUUAUUAACACUGCUUCCUUCAAACCUUGUUAUUCCCUCUGCAACUGGGCCAAAUGGUCCGCCGCGAUCUGCAAAACAUCCUCUUUUGGACCAAUCUUUGCAAUUCCAGGGGUCCAUGGUUGCUGACCUUGUCUAUAAUCGGCGUUUUCAAGAUAUAGAAGUAUGGAAACGCUGUGUAGGUGUGUAUAUGACAUUCUGGCUGGGGGCAGAGGGAUCUGCCACCUUUGCGGAAUCGGCACGGGCUCAUUUCCGUGCGGUCGAUCAAGUGAAACAUAAAUCUGCGCAUGACGAGCACAAUGGCGAGGGCGAGCUUCUGUGUGAAUCAUUGUUUUCUCUCGCAUACGGUGCACUUUUACUUCUCUCGCACACAACACUCCGGCUGUACCGCGGGCGCCGUUAUGGCAUCCUCGGAGCGAAUGGGUCAGGGAAGUCGACGCUCAUGCGCCAACUUCGAGACGGGAAAGUGGAAAAUUUUCCACCUCAAGAUAAAUUACGUUGCGUCAUGGUGGAGCACUCCUUGCAGGGUGAGGACACGUCCCUGUCUGUGUUAGACUUUGUAGCGGCAGACAAAGCUCUGGCUGAAAUUGCGCGUUCUAAAAUACGAGAGCAAUUGUUGGAGGUUGGAUUUGAUGACGAGCGGCAGGCGGACGUAGUUGGUGGGUUGUCCGGUGGUUGGAAGAUGAAGCUGGAGUUAGCCCGUGCAAUGCUUUACAACGCCGACCUUCUCCUUUUGGAUGAGUUAGACCGGGCCUCCGUGCAAUGGCUUGAGAAAUAUCUCAUCGCUCACAAAAACGUUACUUGCAUAAUCAUCAGUCACGAUUCUGGGUUUUUAGACAAUGUGACUACUGAUAUCAUACACUACGAGUCCAAAAAGCUCGUCUAUUAUCCGGGGAACCUUUCGUCGUUUGUGGAAAAGCACCCGGAAGCUAAAUCAUACUAUACCCUGGCGGCGACAUCUGUCAAAUUCUCAUUUCCCCCACCUGGCUCCUUGAUGGGCGUUCGUAGUAACACUCGCGCCAUUUUGAAGAUGUCAAAUUGCACAUUCACGUAUCCUGGCCGGUCGCAACCUUCGUUAAUAAACGUAUCCUGUGGUGACCUUAUCACUCUCCAGGGCGAGACCGUUCCUCAAGAGGGAAUUGUAUACAAGCACCCAGCUCUUCGUGUUGGUUACGUCUCCCAACACGCCACUCACCAUAUAGAACGUCACUUGGAAAAGACGCCCAUUGGCUAUAUUCAGUGGCGUUUCCAGGACGGUCACGAUCGCGAAUUGCUGGAGAAGGCCACUCGUGUUCUGACAGACGAAGAGAAGGCCAUCCUCGAUCAAGAUUGGGUUGGAAGGAAUGGCACUAAGCGCAAAUUGGAGCUUAUUAUGGGUCGCCAAAAGUUGAAGAAGACCCUUCAGUAUGAGAUUAAGUGGCGCGGUCUUGACCACAAGUUCAAUAGCUGGGUGCCCCGUGAUGACUUGAUGGCCAAAGGAUUUGGAAAGUUGGUGCAGCAAUUCGACGAUCUGGAAUCCUCGAGAGAAGGUGCAGGGACGCGUGACACAUCUGCUCAGCUUGUGCGCAAACACCUCGAAGAUAUCGGUCUCGAUGGGGACAUCGCGCAGUAUAAUGAAAUUUCGGGAUUGUCGGGAGGGCAAAAAAUCAAGUUGGUCAUUGCAGCCUGCCUCUGGAAUAAUCCCCAGGUUUGUAUCCUUGACGAGCCAAGUAAUUUCUUAGAUCGUGAGGCGCUGGGCGGCCUUGCGGUGGCCAUCAGGGAAUGGGGCGGCGCGGUGGUCAUCAUCUCUCACAAUCACGAAUUUGUCUCGGCACUGUGUCCUGAAAUCUGGCAAGUUGAAGCAGGACGGAUGACACAUCAAGGAAAGGCGGCCGUUGUGGAGGAUGCAUUUGCUGAUGCAAAGUCCCCGAAAGGCAGCGGUGCUAAUACCCCGGCUCGCUCGCGAGUGCAGAGUCCUGCUGUUUCGACUUAUGGCACUCCUGCAGCGAGUGGGGCUGAAGAUUCUGCUGCCGCAAAGGGUCUUGUCAAAAAGAAGAAAAAACUUACACGCAACCAGAUGAAGGCUCAGGAGGAACGCCGCAGGCUGAGAAAGCUCGCAUGGCUUACACAUGGUGGCCAACGGCCUGAGGACACCGACAGUGACGUUGACCCUUGAGAUCGAGCAAUGUGAAAUCUGGUGUUGUGUUUUUCAGGGGGCAUUUCAUUCUGAUGGGCCGACUUCCGCGGAUGCAUUUUGUCAAGAUCUCGCUUAGAUUACCUACUUUACAUGCUGUGAAGUAAUAGAUUUUCCGUUCUGCCAAGUC